UGGUGUUUUAACAUCUUAACACAGCUGUUUUAUUGCCAGAAAGGGUAAAACCUACACUUCUAGAAUUGAAGCAGUUGCAUCAAGGACGGACCGCCUGUGAUUGUCCGCAGAUUUUAAAGGCUGCGGAAUGUAUUUGUCGUCUUUAGUCCUUUCUCCCUAUGCCUGGCCCCUGAUACUAAACACCUGAUGGAGCUGAAACACCUGUUUAUCACCAUUUGCGGCGUGACAAAUUACAUUUGUAUUCACGGUAAAUGUCAAUAACACUAAUUUCCUGAGUUUCAGAUUCAUGACCACAAUUCAAACUGUUCAGAACAGGUAAAUGGGCUUGGGCCGGACACGUCACCUAAAAGGGACCAUGGCCAGUGGUCAAUGAUGACGACGAUGAAAAUUAAAACAAGAGUGGCUGCCAAAGGAUGGAACAAUCACCCCCAUAUCUCCCCCCCCCCGCCCCUCUCACUUUUGGGUCCACCACUGAUGGUGAACCGGGGACUUGCUGGGCAUGCCGCAGACCGGCGGCGUGCCGAGUCUGGCCGUGGACGUCGGCUGUGGCAGCGGGCAGUGCACGCGGCUGCUGUCGAGGUGCUGUCCGCGCGUGGUCGGGGUGGACGUGAGCGAAGCCAUGAUCCGCGAGGCGACUCGAGUCAACCGCACGGAGAACAUCGCCUACACGGUCGGCACGGCGGAGAAGCUCCCCUUCUUGGACGGCUCCGUGGGCCUCCUGUGCGCGACGUCGGCUGCCAACGUCUUCAAUCUGCCCGACUUCGUGCGAGAGGCGGCGCGGGUCCUGCAGCCGGGCGGCUGCCUUGCCGUCUACGCCAUGCUCUACCCAAUGCGGCUCAAGUACGGUGGCGUCUCAAGCGAGCUGACCGCCAUCCUCCAAGAGAUGCUGGAGGAGCUCCGUCCAUACGAGCACGAGAGGAUGCGCCACCUGCGGAACGGCUACGCUGACAUCUACACGGGCAUCACCUUCGCUGACAAGGAGCGGAAGGAGGGCAUUGAGCUGUCCGUACAGAUGACACUGCAGGAUCUGCUGAGGUUCAUCGGCUGCUUUUCCGAAUACCAGGCGCUGCGGAAAGAGAACCCUAAACGCGGGGACACCUUCAUGCAGUCUCUAGGGCAGAGGUUGCAGGAGGCGAGGGGCAGAACGGCGCCAGACACCGAACUGGAGUUGAAUGCCGACACGGCAGUGCUGCUGGCUUGCAAAACCCCGACAGCUUAAAUUAUACCCAUCCCCGAAAAAGUAAUGAAAAUUGUUUUAAGAACAUAUAAUUGAUAGACUCGUGUUUUUUUGUAAUUGACAGCCGAAUAAACGUGACCAACUCUGGAGCUUCCACCGAGCGUUUACACCGCUUGCAUUUUCUCAUCAACCAUUUGUUUUGAUGGUGCUUGUGGGU